UCACCAACAACCAUGGCAGCUUCGGGACACAACAAGUACGGCCCGGGAUACGGCCAGGUCAGGCAUCACGAAUGGAGAACCGCUGAGAACAGCAGCAGCCAUCUGCUGCCCAAGCUUCAGUCCAUGGCCAAGGACAACCCCAAUCUCAAGCUUUUGGAUGUCGGCGCAGGCUCCGGCACAAUCUCGACGUCGCUGGCGAGAUAUAUACCUGAUGGGCAUGUCACCGCCACUGACAUAUCUGAUGAGAUUCUUGUCCGCGCGAAAGAGUUCGCUGAUUCUCAAGGUGUCACCAAUAUCGAGUUCAAGCGCGCAGAUGUCUUUGAGCUGCCCUUCUCCGACUCAACCUUUGACGUGACGCAUGCGCAUCAAGUCCUCUGUCACCUAGAUACACCCGCUGAAGCCAUUCAAGAGAUGAUUCGAGUGACAAAGCCAGGGGGCGUGAUUUCCCUACGGGAGAGCGACAUGCAUAUGUGGUGUUUCUGGCCCGAGAUCCCGGGUCUGCUCAAAUUCCACGAGAAUCAGAUCAGAGUGCUAGUAGCCAACGGCGGGCAGGACAAAGGAGGUCGCCAACUUGUAUCGUGGUCUUUGAAGGCCGGAGUGGCCCGUCAAGACAUCACGGCGAGCUUCGGCACAUGGUGCUACAGCGAUCCCGAGGAUAGAAGAGUCUGGGCUGAGUCUAUGAGGGAGCGCCUGAUUGGGGGCCAUACGCGCCGUAAAUCUCUCGAGCUGGGCAUCGCGACGGAGAGUGAACUUGACGAGAUGGCCCAGGCUUGGCAGGACUGGGCCGACACUGAUGAUGCGACGUUUGGGUUGGUGAACGGUCAAGUAUUGAUAGAGAAGAGGUAG